GCGUCACAACAUCAACAUCAUGGUCGCCAUCAACGUCGUAAAAAAAAGCAACGCCUCUAUCAAGGAAUACGGCCCCGGCCUAGUCGGCGUAUUCGUCGGCGGAACCAGCGGAAUCGGGGAAUCCACAGCACGGGCCUUUGUCCGCUACGCCGUCUCCCCGCGCGUGUACUUGCUCGGCCGGAACGAGGCGCAGGCGUCGAGAAUCAUCGACGAGCUGGGGAAGCUUAAUGCAGAGAGUAAAGUGGAUUUCGUCAAGUGCGAUACCUCGCUUCUUAAAGGGGUUGAUGAGGCUUGUAAGGAGAUUCAGAGCAGGGAGGAGAGGGUUAAUCUGUUGGUUAUGACUACGGGGAUGGUGACUAUGAAGGGGAGGGAUGAAACUGCGGAGGGAAUUGAUAGGAAGCUAUCGCUGCAUUAUUACUCCCGGAUGCGGUUUAUCUCGAACCUCCUCCCACAGCUAAAUGCUGCUGCUGCUGGAGGUAAUAAUACCGGGCUAGCAUCUGUGGUAUCAGUCCUCGAAGCCGGCGGCGAAGGAGCGCUGAACCAGGACGACCUCGACCUGAAGAAUACCUACAGCCUCGCCAAUGCCAGAACGCACGCCAUCACCAUGAACUCGCUCUCGCUGGGGUAUCUGGCCAAGGCGAACCCAGCCGUCUCGUUCAUCCAUUCCUUCCCGGGUGGCGUGAAGACGGGCGUCAUGCGGGAGCUGGGGCUUGUGACUAGAAUGGCGUUGCAGGCGGCUAUGGUUCUCGGGAAGCCGUGGAUGGUGCCGGUUGAGGAGAGUGGGGAGAGACAUUUGUAUGCUGCUGCGGGACUGCCGAACUUGAAGCGUGAGGAUGAUGGGAGUGGGAAGUUGUAUCUGGUGGGUUCGGAUGGGGAGGCGCGUGGGAAUCAGAAGGUGUUGAAUGAGUAUAAGGAGAAGAAGAUUGACAAGAAAGUGUGGGAGCAUACUCUGGAUGUGUUUAAUAGGUGUAAUUAGUGUGCAACUAGUAUUUGUCGGCAAUGUACUGCUAUAUUCUAUGCUCAUAUCAAGUCUGACAGACAUACUCAAGCGAAUCUACAUCAGAGACUCGACUUCUUCCUUCUCGCCUCACUCGCCUUCGCCAGCUCCCCCGUCCUCCUCUGAAACCUCUCCAUCGGCACCCCCUCCACAAACCUCUCCGCAAGCGCACUCACUGCAUCAAACAACGCCACCACCCUCUCCGCCCUCAACGGCCCAUUCACCAACCUCUUCGUCUCAAGCAUACUCCCCCCAUCAUUCAC